ACCCGGAAAUGAGUCGUCGAGUCAUCGCUGAAGCAUCAUAGCUGGGAUGAGAGAGAAAGAGGAGGUACCUUCGGAGAGUACUGUUUGGAAUUGAAGAGCGGAACUCGCGAAGACACCAGUCGCAAGGACUAGGCAAUCACGGCACCACCAAAAUGAUGGAAGAAAUCGAUAGAUUUCAGGUGCCAACGGUCCACUCUGAGAUGCAGCCUCUGGAUCCAGCAGCGUCCUCAAUCUCUGAAGGAGAUGCAGACACUCAAGAGGCAGAAACUGUUUCCAUCAAUUAUAAACCAUCUCCACUUCAAAUAAAAAUAGAGAAACAGCGAGAAUUAGCAAGAAAAGGAUCUCUUAAAAAUGGAAAUAUUGGAAGCCCAGUUAAUCAGCAACCAAAGAAGAACAAUGUUAUGGCCAGAACACGGUUGGUGGUCCCAAAUAAAGGGUAUUCAUCCUUAGACCAGAGUCCAGAUGAGAAGCCUCUUGUUGCUUUAGAUACAGACAGUGAUGAUGACUUUGACAUGUCUAGAUAUUCUUCAUCAGGAUAUUCUUCUGCUGAGCAGAUUAACCAAGACUUAAAUAUCCAAUUGUUGAAGGAUGGCUACCGAUUAGAUGAAAUUCCAGAUGAUGAAGACUUGGACCUAAUCCCCCCAAAAUCUGUGAACCCUACUUGCAUGUGCUGUCAGGCAACCUCAUCUACAGCCUGUCAAAUUCAAUAACUGUGCACCAAAGUUGGCUGGGGGGAGGAGAUAUGACACCAAGAGAGAAGUAGAUGGGUACUCCCAUCUUUUCUGCACAUUUGUUAGGGACAAAAGAAGAGCAAGAUUAGCAACAAGUGGUUCCUCCUAUGGUAGGACAUGUAAUUCUCUUUGUACAGAGCCAGGAGGAAUCCAACCUUGAGCAAACUGUAAUGUGGCAGGCUGAGUAUCAGGAAGGCAGGUGAAUGCUCAACAGGUACAGAAAUCAAAUGUUAUUUUUCUUAUCCAGUAAUCAUACACAUUACCAUGAAGUGUGUUUCAUGUGUCAUAUUUCAUGAUUUAUGAAUGUGUACAGGCAUACUUUUUAUAAUGAUCGAGUUGUGUCCAAGACAAUGAUUACUGGAUGAAAACAGUGCUAUCGGAAGUAAGCACAUUCUCAAUACAUAUAUACACAUACAAGCUAAUAAUAUUGUUUGUGAUGCAAAAACCCAUAUUUUAAUACAGUACAUAAUUGUAUUUCUAUGUAUGAUUGUUUUAAAUUAAAGUGCAACAUGCCUUACCUUGGAAACACAGCAGAAAUAGUUGUAUAUACAAAAAUGAAUUUUCAUAGUGAAGAUGUGACCAUUUAAGUGAUUUAAAUUAUUUUGUAUUAAAAUGACAAUUCCAAAUCAAAAUUCUAAGAAAUAUCAAUAUAUUUAAUAGGUGCAGUUCCAAAAUCGACAAACAGAAAUAAGAUAUAUUUUACCCAAACUGUAAUUUUGUUCACUAUCUGUGUGGCUUUGGGUUACUUUCCACUCCUGUGUUUACUUCAGUGAUCGGUUACUCGUGCAGAACUAGCAACAAGCUGCUGGAGCUCCAACUUAUUUCCCAUGUCCACAGAUAGGCUGUUUAGACUGAAUAUAUGAACUAAUGUCUGAUCCAAGGGUGUUGUCAAUCUUCUGCAUCCAUCCAAACCAAUAUAUAAAAUGAGUACGUUGUCUUUCUUGACUCUAGUGCUGGUAGUACUGAAAUGAAUAUCCAAAUUAUUUUAUAUACCAGUCAUAGAAGUCUGUUAUGAUGUAUACUUCGAUACUGAAUGCAUGCAUCUUUUACCAUGCAGAAACUCACAGUGCUAUUUCUGUGUUAGUAAAAUGAGAAGGAACAAAAUUACAUUCAAAGCUUGCAGAUCAGAUUACCUUUCUUCAAUGUUUAAAGAAAACAUUAAAUCCAGUGAAAUCUCAUG